AUGCUACGGUUGUUGAGGAUAGAUGACGAAAAUUACUGGGGUAAAGAUAUUACUUUCUUGUUACUAAAAACAUCUUACUUAGGGGACCGGUCAUUAUUUAUGGCGGGGGGUGGCACCGAAGAGAAAAAGGUUGGGUAAACAAAAUUUUGAGUAAGUAAAAGGUUGGGUAAAUGAAAAACAAAGCAAUGCAAGGGUUUGGUAAUGAAAAUUUAUUGUCAUUUCCAAAACAUGACUCACUGAUAUUGGAGACUGAAAAGCAAUGUCAACAGUCGUAUGUCACUACAAUAUGUGAAUCAAUUAGAGUGUCAACAGUCAUAUGUCAAUACAAUAUGUGAAUCAUUUGGUAGACAAAUGGUGCAUGUCUCCAAAGAAAGUAUAUGUGCAGACAACAAAGAAAGUACAUGUGCAGAAAAUUUCACAAGCCGUUUAAAACUCGUGUCACAGAAGUGGUAAAGGAGAUAUGUGAUAACUGAAUGGGUAUUUAUUUUUUAAUUGAUAUUUGAGGUUGGGUAAUCAAAUUUUUGACUUUAUAAUAGUUGGGCCAGCAAAAUUUUUGCCACGAAAAACAUUUCUCUUCGGUGCCACCCCCCACCAUAAAUAAUGACCGGUUCCUUACUCAAAACAAACUUACUCAAAUAGUCCGUUUGUCUUCCGGGAUAACCGUAUCCUAGCAUAACUGGGCCAUUAUUCUAUUGAGAAUUUCGCCUAAAAUUUAAAUAUUUUUAUACAGAAGAAAGUCCGAUUGGAUUGUUGUAUUCACCACUAAGUGAAAGGAAUGUCGGGAAAUCAAUGACAAUUGACGUUCUCGCCAAAGCGCAAGGAAUAGAGUCAUGUAAACAUCCCACUAUGCUUGCUGGAGGUGAUCAAAACCAAACCGGCACGUCAGUGUGAGUAUAUUUAGGCCUCAGUUAAGCCGGUUUUCCAUUUAUAGGCGGAAUUUUGCGCCGAAGGCGGAAUUUUUCUUUGUCUUGUGAUUUCUCGGGUGGAACUAAUUAGAAAAGACAAAGAAAGAUUCCGCUCCGCAAAUCCCAUGUCUCCUCCAAUAAAAGUCGUCGUCGAAAAUAAUGCCAGCACCACAAAGUCAAAACAGUCAAACCACAAAGUCAAAACAAAAUAAAAACUUACUAAAUUUUGACCUGACGCUAUUUUCAAUUUUGACCUGAUGUUCUUUUCAUUUUUUAUAUGUAUAGAAUGCUAUAUAAAUCAAAAUACAUGUAAAUUAAAUACAUUUAAAUAUAGAAAUCAUUUAAGUAUCUUUAAAAAAUUCAUUAAUAAUUCACGAGGAAAAUACAAAAGAAAAUAAUGUUUAAUCAAUGUUUGUAAAUCGGAUAAAGAUUUGUCUUGAUUUACAUAAACUUCAGCUUUGAUUUUCUCGGCUUAGACAAUGUUUAUUUUUAAAAUUACUUCGCCAAUGAACUCAUAAGAUGGGUCAUUUUUUAAGUAUGAUAAAACAUUCGCAUCCGAUCUGUAUCUGAUAUACAAAGUCUCGCCUUCGGCUGGAGUUUGCAUAUCAGAUACAAAUCGGCUGCUUAUGUUUUAUCUAGCACAUAGAGAUCGAGAUAACUCCUUUGUAUGAGUCUCCCCGAAAAUAGCAUGAGGUUACUUGAUCUAUAGUAUAAAUUAGCAUGAUGAUAUUGGCUUAUACCUUAAUGACAUACAUGUAGAAAGUUAGCUUAAGCCAUUCCUCAUAAUAUUUGUAUCCGUUUCGUUCAAUAGACCUAUAAUAAGAGACAUCUUAAACAAAACCAACUUGUUGGUGAUGCUAGACGACCCGCUAAUCACGAGCAAUCUUUCUGAGUUUUUUGUGCAAGUGCAAAGUGGUCUGUCAAUGGGUUCACAGCGGUCAGGAAUUGCUGCUCCCUAUAAGGCAGUCUACUGUUAACAUCAAAUUGUAUGGUGGGAGAAAGGUAUAUUUAGCUACCUUAUUUUAACUCAUCUCAUUUUGUAUGAGCAGUUACUACAGCGAUUUUGGUAAAAGUUAACGUUGAUUCAAGUCAAAAACAAAACCUUAUUUUCAAUUAAAGGGCUGAUGGGCGAGUGUUAAGGUUUACAUAUAAGAAGGGAAACUUCACCAGGGAGGAUAAGGAAAAAGUCAACGAUGGCGUCAAAGCUAUUGCUGCUCAGCACACAGUAUGUUUGAAAGUCAUAGUGCCAGUUUUUAUUAUAUUGAAUAUUUCUAUUACCGUAUUUUCACAUUACAAUUUGAUGUCGAUUCAUUCUAAAAGGGAUUCCUUCUGGCAUGGGUAAUGAAGUGGAAGACGUUUUGGAGGGAUUAAUGUCUAUUCGAUACUCAGAAACGGAUGCACAGGAUCGCUGGCUGAAAGGGAUGACCGCUGUUUUCAAACAUUCCAACCGUCCCGGUUUACCCGGGACUGUCCCGGUUUGGACUAUGUUGUCCCGGUUUUCUUCUUAUUGUCCCGGUUUCUGUAGUAUUUUAAUAGUUGUAUUCUUCAAAUAAGGCUCAUGUGGCAAAUAUUAAUGAUAUUCGUUUGGUUCAAUACAUAUUGAUGAAAUGGGAGCUUCUAGUUGCCCCAAACAAUUGCUGAGUUUGUCGCCGCCGAUCAUUGUAAUUCUUGUGACAUACAUUGUUUUGACAAUUUAUUUAGCGCUCGCUUUCAAUUCCAAUUCAUUUUGCCAGGGCUACAUGAAGUAAAGUAGUGUAACGGAAGCUGGCGCAAUAAUCGCGGGCUCUUGAAUACGAGAGGAUCACAGUUCAAAAGACCAGUAUUAUAUUACUUAUGGGUUUCAACAUUAGUGUAAUAAAACUAGUUUUUGUAGCAUCCACUGUGAAUUUAUUGUUUAAAUUAAUUCAAACUCAACUCAGUCAAUUUUAACACUAACCCAAAUAGACACCACAUCAAUGAGAAAAGUGCGGCAUUUAUUCGAGGGAGGCGUUUAUUCGAGGGAGGCGUUUAUUUAGGUAAAAUGGGAAAAUUGGUAAGUGUCCCGGUUUUGAGGACUCGGAGGUUGGAAUGUCUGUGUUUUAACAGUGCAUACCAUAGUAAGUUUUUGACAAAAACAUAGACCUUAUGCAUAAUGACGUCACAAUGCUUGAUGCCCGUGAGGAACACUGGUCUUGGUAGUCAUCGUCCAGGAAAAUCAAACAAUUCAAAAUGGCCACUAUCGAAAUUUUACCGGGCGAUCACAACUAAGACCAGCAUUCCUCGUGGGUACCAAGCCUUGUGACGUCAUUGUGCAUAAGGUCUAUUCGAUUGGUUGCUCUCGAUUUUUACGGUAUGAGGUGAUAGUUGAUGAGGGUGAAACCCGAUGUGAUGUGAUGAUGUAAUAUGAUAUAUGAUAUAAAGUUGUGCACUCAUCACAUUAUGCCCCAGUAACAAAUAUAACAUUGUCCCUACAGUUUUACAGUACAUUGGGAUUGCCUCCAAAGACAUCCCAAUUGCUGAAUGUCAUCAUUGAGCAAGAACUGAGUUCUCAAGGAAAAGAACUUAACGUGAUGGAAGAACUUGAGAGAAAUAUUCUUGCCAAAAUAAAUAAACAAGGAGAAAAUGUAAGUACAAUGCAUGCAAUACAAUGCAAUGCAAUCAGGCCAAGCGGAACUUGGAGAGCUGGGAAGUUGUAGCCCUGCAGUGCAACACUUUAUUUAAUGCUGAUUUUUUAUUUUUUUGACCAUCAGAAAUAUGUCAAAUCUUCUCCCAAUUUGAACAAAAUAGCAUUUCAGAGAGCCUAGAUUUUAAUAUUUUCUGGGGGUCAUGCCCAAAUUAAAUUUGGUUCCACUGAACAUGGCAAUGAUAUUCAAACAUAUAACGUCGAGUCAAUAUUGCGAUUUUUUUUAAUUAAUUACUUAACGUAUAUAACGUGUUUAUAAAGGUAAAAAUGGGUAAAAAUUGUUUAGCUGUUAAUAAACUAUAUUCUUUAAACAGGCAUUUACAUGGUUAAAUCCACUUGUGAAUUUAAAGAAAGAAGGAAAGGUGCAACCGGCCAUCGGUGUAAAGUGCAAGUCCUCAGAGCAUUUUCACAAGUGAAUUAUGAGGUGAAGAAAACUAUAGAAUAUAUAAAAAAAACCCAAUAAGACCCCGUUUACACGGUACUGGACGAAUUUGGGACCGGUCUGAAAUUCGUCCUUUUUCCGCCUGUUUACACGCGAAUUUGUCUAGUUAGGGGGUCUAAAAUUCGUCCGGUUCUGUGGUUCUCGUGUGUUUACACGGCCAAAAUGGACGAAUUUCAGACCGGUCCCAUAUUCGUCCGGUACCGUGUAAACGGGGUCUAAGAAAAUCAAAACGAAUAAAAACUUGUGUUCUGCAACAGAUUGUAAACUUGCAAGUGAUGAACCAGGCGGGAAUCUUAAUCGUAGUAUAAAGAUUAAUGCCAAGCAUAACGUACGCAAAAGAGCCAUAUAGACAAUAAUAUAGACAAUAGUACUAACGUUUCGUCUUUAACCUAAGACAUCUUCAGAGUAAAUGAAUAUAGUAUGACAAUGAAUUACAAAUAUGAAUAAAUUACUAUUUACAAUAUCAAAUUACAGGGUAAUAAGAAUGCGGAGGAUGGGCGGGGGGGAAGUUAAAGGAAAACAAUCAGAGGAGUGAGAGAGGAAUGGAGCUACCUUGCUGAUUCAAAGUAGGUUUGAGCUUUGAGAUGAGAAGACUUUCACGGACGAGAAGUUCAUCUGGAGAGGAACAGGAUGAUAGGAUCUUAAAAUCAUCAAGAGAAGCAGUAUGACCUGAGUGGCUCAGAUGGGAAAAGAUGCUCGUAAGUUGAGGACUGCUACUCGUCUUACCAGUUAAGGCAGAAAUACCCAGGUGUUCAGAGACUCGUGUAUGUAGAUGGCGGACCGUUUGGCCCACAUACGACGCGGAACAGCAUCGACACUUAAAAGAAUAAACUACACAAGACCUCAAAGCAUUGGGAAUUUUGUCCUUAAACAUGAAGAAAUUGGACAAACGUAGAGUGGGACGAAAAACGAUUCUGAUGUUUAUAUGUGGGAAGGCUACAGAGCAAAGGCGUUGAAUUUGGGUACGGAUUUGGAGAGAGUGUGUUCCGGUAUAUGGAAGACAAAAGUAUACCACUUUCCGUGAUACAGAAUGGAUUAAUUCCUUGGGUUGAAAGGUUUUAUCAAGAAAGAGUCGAACACAACGAUCAAAAAGACGAGUAGGAUAACCGUUCUGUGGUUGAGGAUUUUUCUAAAAAACUCAAUCUGAGCAUGAAAAUUCUCAUAUUUAUAGCAAAUAUUGAAAAAGCGGUGUAAUAGUGAAUAUAUUAAACCACGUUUAAAUUGUAGAGGAGUGAAGCUAUGGAAAUUAGUGAAAAGCCCUGUGAAUGUAGGUUUACGAUAAACAGAGGUUUCAAAGUGGCCAUUAGUUCGUGUGAUAGUAAUGUCAAGGAAGGAGAGUUGACAAUUGGAUUCAACUUCACAAGUAAAGUUAAUGUUAGGAUGUUGGCGAUUGAGAUAUGCAAGAAAAAGAGGAAUAUGGUCCCUAGAACGGAAUAGAAGGAAGGUAUCGUCUACAUAUCGGCGAUAUAGUAAAGGCUUAAAAUUGGUAGGGCAAUUAUUAAGCCAAAUGGUUUCAUGAAAAGAUAAAAAAAUGUUAGCAAAUAGGAGAGCCCAUUGCUACGCCGUCUACCUGUUGAUAUAGGGAACCAUUGAACAAGAAAUGGCAGUUUUUGACAGCACAAUUCAAAAGUUGUUUGAAUUCAGAGCGAGUGAGAUCAUGAAAACGGAUGGCAUUCGAAAACAAGCGAUCGGCAAUUAUUUCUAUGGUUUCAUCCAGUGGAAUGUUAGUAAACAAGGACGUAACAUCAAAGCUAGCCAUGGCAAGAUUAUCGGAAUUAAAGUCUAGACUUAACAAUUCCUGCACAAAGGAGAAAGAAUCACGAACCAUGAAGGCACUAGAGCAAAUAGGACUUAGAAUGGGAACAAAGAACUUGGCAAUCUUAUAAGAAUAAUUAUUAAUACAUGAUAGAAUUGGUCUAAGUGGAAUACUGUUCUUGUGUUUUUUCGGGAGUCCGUAUAAGAUACCAAUGCGAGAGCCAGUAGGAUAGAGUUGUUUAUAGGUUGCUUGCGUGAUCGAUUCAGAUUUCUUCAAUGAGGCUAGAAGGUUCUUAAUUUGGUUUUCACGCUGCAAUGUUAAUUUGACAGGAUCAACAUCAAGGCGUUCAAACUUGGUAGUGUCACGCAAAAUAUCUUCCAUUUUCCGGUUGUAAUCGCCACGGUCGAGAAUGACAACUCCAUUUCCUUUAUCUGGCUUCACGAUCACGAUGUUUUUGUCCUUUAAAUCGUCCUUAGAAAACAAGGAAUCAGGUCGGCUGUAACUGCGGUGGCCAGAGAGCGCGAUAUCUUUCAACUUGGUUUUGACCAGGGUUGGAUAAUAUCCCGAGGAUGAAGAAAUUUGUUCGUCCUUUAACUUUCUGUGUAACAUUUCAAACGGGGCAAGGAAGGCACAGCGAUCCUAUGAUUAAAUAUGAUUGGUUGGCUGAAGUCAGCACUCUAAUGUGAUUGGUUAAAAAAAGGUGCGAUUUCAGCACGAAUCGCACUGCUAGGAGUGCGAUUCGUGCUGAAAUCGCACUCCUGUGAACCAAUCAGAUUGCAGGAAACACAAUUGAUUUCAAAAUGAAUAUAAUAAAGGAGGAAUAUCUUUGGUUCAACAUCAUAUUCCAGGAAUCAUAUAUACCUGUGAAUUUUUUUCGAUGUUUGGGUUUUUGUUUUUGUUUUCACAGCGUAAUUACAGCUUUAUUACACAGUUACCCAUUGUUUGGCCCUUGUGUCCGCCACGGCUUCAUAAGUUUAUGAAUACUUAAUAAACUAAUAAUAUUAAUACAUUUCUAGAAGAAUGACGGCAGACCACGCGGUGCUUCUCGUCCCCGAGAUGUAAACAAAAUACAAAAAGCAAAACCUCAGGUAAGAAUGCAAAGUCACAAAACUCAGGUGAAAACAGAGACCCAAACAUCGAAAGAAAUUCACAGGUAUAUAUGAUUCCUGGAAUAUGAUGUUGACUCGAGGGUAUUCCACUACGUUUGUUUCUUCUUGCAGCAACACUGCACCAAUAAGAUUUUUUCCCCCUUAAAUGGUUGUUAAUAUGGUUGGAAGUUAAAGAGGGCUUGACGCAAAUCCUUACCUGGCUGCAUGUAAAAAACCAAAAUUGCGGCUUUUCAUCUGAUUGGUCUGUCAGGCAAGGAAAUCUUCAUAUGCCUUUUUGAUUAGUUAAUGGUACUAGGAUUCACGAUUUUAUGCACAAACGUUAACACAUGAUUAAAAUUUUAACAAUUAUAUUUUAACUUCUAGGACAAAACUGAGAAUGAAGGACGACAGCAGAAUAUGAAUAAACGUCACCCCGUUGAGCUUGAUGUUCAGUCGACGAGCGGAUUUCUUUUCGACCAAACGCCACUUGGUGUCGAUAUAGCAGAAACGUCAAAGGCACGAUCUGGAAAUGCAUCUAUGGUCAAUAUCAAAACUGAGGACGGUAAUAGACGACAGCCUGAUAGUGACAGGCGACAACGAGAUGAUGAUAGACGACAGCAGAAUGAUAGCCAACAGUCUAAUACAGAAAAACAUCAUCGAGAUGGAGACAGACGGAAUGUUGAAAGAGAAAAGCGCGAACCUGUUGACGACAAACAGCAGCAAACUGCUGACCGUCGUAGGAGAGAGCACCCAGAAUCUAGGUUUUACGACAGUGCAAACGAAAGAAAUACAAAGGAAAGAGAUACGGGAGAUGACAGGCCAUAUAAGGGUUCUGUAAGGUUGCCGUUCGGACCUCAGACAUCAGGAGAGCCACUUGGUCGAGCUGAAAAAUUCCGGGAUAAAACUAAGAACAGGGGUGGUUUCGGGGUGCCUCCGCAGCCGAAGGAGCAACCGAAAAAGAAUGAAAAUGAAGAAAAGUCCAAAGAUGAAAGCAACAGCGCCAAGACAAAGCCUAUUUCAUCCAUCACAGAGUUGAAAAGGUCCGAUGAAAGCGUAGUUGAUUCAUUCAAAGGAAAAGCAAGUGAGAGUGCUUUUGUACCACAUAGGACAGAGUGGGAUGUCGCUGACUCACGAGAUACUAUUGCUAAGAAAGUCAAAACUGAAGACACUUUUGCUCCAACACAGAAAACUGCUGCUGAAGUUAAGACCGAGAAACCCUCUAGUACAGAAAGUUUUCGUGGUUAUAAGAAACCUACCGAAAAAGAAGUGGUAGAAAAGCCUACUGAUGGCAAGAAACAGCAGAAUAACAAAGAGGACAAAGUUCCCACUACUGCUCCAACAAAAAAUGAUCAGUAUGAAUCGAAAACAGGAGAAAGGCGUGAACGAACGGUGCCUAACAAAGAAAGAGAGCAACAGAACUUCUCCAAGAGUGAUUCGGGUGAGACGAAAGUUGAAAAGUAUGAGUCAAAAACAGGAGAAAGGCGUGAACGAACGGUGCCUAAUAAAGAAAGAGAGCAACAGAACUUCUCUAAGAGUGAAUCAGGUGACACGAAAGUUGAAAAGUACGAAUCAAAAACAGGAGAAAGGCGUGAACGAUUGGUGUCUAACAAAGAAAGAGAGCGACAGAACUUUUCCAAGAGUGAUUUAGGUGACACAAAAGUUGAAAAGAGACGUGAAACAGAAAUCUAUGGUGAUGGUCGUCACAGACAGGAUGAUAGACAACCCCGUCCGCGUGAUGAGACGCGUCGUGAACAACCAAAAAGAAAUGACGAACGCAAAGCUCCUGUCAAAUCAAGUACCGAAAAUUGGGACAGUGAAAUAAACUCUAGAGCAGAAAAUCGUGAUGCGACUCGGCAAUCUUAUAGGACACAGGAUCAUACUGAUCGGCGUAAUAAUUCAUAUUCCCGCGAUCGGAAAGACCAGCGCGACCAACGAGACCAAGACAAACCCGACCAACGUAAUAGAAAUGAACGUGAGCGAACAGAUCGUCGAGAUCGUACGGACCAACGUGAGCGUAUGGAUCGUCGAGAUCGCACGGAGCAACGGGAGGGCAAUGAUCGUCGCGAGAAUAAGGAUCGUCGUGAUCGCACAGAACAAAGUGAGCGACAAGAUCGGCGAGAUCGCACAGGUCAACGAGAACGUAUAGAUCGUCGUGAUCGCACAGAACAAAGGGACCGAACAGAUCGGCGUGAUGAAAUUAAGCCAGUAAGUAAUGAAAAACUAGAGUCGAAUGUUAAGAAGCCACGUAAACCUGGUGUCAAAGGAGAAGAACAAAAUAAAGAUAUUCAGCAGAAUGAAUCUCUCCCUCAAAAACAAGAUGCUAAUAGAGAGAGUGAAAGAACUGAGAAGCAAGAGGAGUAUCUUUCUUCCAUGAAAAAACAAUCUGACCGAUUUACUGUAGGUACAUUAAGCCCUGCGGGAGAUCGCCGACGGUACAACGAAACUCGUCGCGGUGAUGCGUCUUCAAGACGUGGUAGUCAUGGUGGAACACGCGGGAUGCGUGGUCGUGGACGUGUGAUAAGUAGUGGAAAACCCAUAGGAAAAGCUAGUGCAGCAUCAAAGAAUGAUAAUGAAAAUGAUUCCGAAGAUUUCCACAGUGUUCAUUCAUCUGCUGAUUCUGACGAGUCGGAUUCAGAAGAAGUGUUUGAUAAGCAAGAUGACGGACGAAGAGACGACAAGAGGCCAACUCGAUCGUAUUAUUCGAGUAGUCGAUCAAGAGGGUCCUAUAGUUCUCGCGGAAGGGGAAGAGGGAGUUCACAGAUAACCCGUAGCCCACGGAAACAGUCAGAGAAACCGCCACGUUUUCAAAGACAAGAAGCAAGAAGUGCUAGCAGAGGUCGAGGAAAGAGUAACCGAGGAGGAUUUUCUUCCAAAGAUAACUGGGAUGAGAACAUCUCAAAGAAUAGAGAUAGCAGGAACUCCGAUGAAGGACCUUUGCCCGAAAAGCGUCCGCCGGAUACAUCGUAUUCAAACGAAAAGGACUCCGAUGGUAGUUAUAGAGGACGUAAGGCCGUUCGUGGUGGUCAUUCUGGCAAUAAGAAUUUUUUUAGCAGGAAGUAGUUGAAGGUUCUUCGAGGAAAGGGGGUGGACGUUUUGGCGCUAAGUCGACCAUUCCUGCUGCUUUGACAACACACGGUCGUCGCGCAAAGAACGAACCUGCGCCAGCAGACGGUGAUGAUAACUGGGAUGAGAACAUUUCAAAGACAAAAAGCAACAAGUGCUAGCAGAGGUCGAGGAAAGAAUUUUAACCGAGGAAGAUCUUCUUCCACCGGUACCGAGUAUACCUUAAUAUAAGAUAUCGUUUCUAAUAUCAAGCCAGUAGAAAUAUUUAUUUUGUCAAUAAGUAGUCAAACUAUUUUUUCUGAUUCUAUUGUCGUUCUCUUUUUCUUUCUAUUCGUGCAAAAAGAAUAAAAGAUGAAGCUAU